AUGGCCGGCGAGCUUCAUGGAGGCGAGUGGAAGCUGGCUAGGGGGUCCAUUGGAGGCAAGGAAGGGCGAGGAAGGGGGCUCCACGGCGGCCUAGGGGGCGGCGGCCAUGGCUCGCGGCGGAGCUUCUUGGGAGCAGGGAGGAGCGGGUUCUUGGCUCUAGGGAGGGAAGGAGGGAGUGGAGAGGGGCUAGGAUGCAUUGCUGUGGCAAAUGGGAGAGGGAAGGAGGCUCUGCAGGGGGUGCAUGGGGUAGAGGCGCUCAGCACGGCGGUGGUGGCCGGCACACUUGCGCGCGGCGCGCCGGGAAUGCUCGUGCAUGGCCGAGACGUGGCCGAGGCGAUGGGAUGGGGUAGGGGCGCGGCACAGCUGGUCGGUGGCUCGCCCUUGGCAUGGCUCGUCGCCGACAGGGAUGCCCUGUCGUGUGGCGAGCUGCGUCGGGGGCUGCCGGCGUGA